AAGAUAUUGUAGAUGUAGAUCGCAGAGUGCUCAGUCUGGCAAGAUUUUGUCUAUAGGUAAAGAACUCAGUUUUAAAGAACUGCUAUCUGCCAUUCUUGAUUUGGGGCCUGACAUCAAUCUUGCCAGACUGAAGCUGAAUUUGCCCUAUAUGUGAAUUUGAUGUAAUUGUCAUUUGCUGCUGUUCUUAGGUAAUGAAUUAAUCAAAGCUGGUAUUUUUCCUGGAAUGUUCUCUUGAUCCUUCCUCACCCCAGUUCCUAUGGGAUCACAAACAAACACUCACAGAUGAAACACAGUUAAUGGAGUUUUCAGGCCAAGUUAUACUUCCCCCAGUUCCUGUGAGAUCAUAAAUAAAAGCUCACAGAUGCAUCACAAUUAAUGGAACUUUCAGGCCAGGUUAUACAUCACAGAUUUGUAUAUCUGGCACAGCUCUCAUAAAAGACCAGAGAAGUUAAAGUUCAGAACUAAACUCUCUCAAAUGCAUUUGUUGCUGAUUUGUUUUUCAUUGGUAGCUAAUUUAUAUUGAAGGCAUCCUCUCCCAUAGAGCCAAGGCUAAAACUUGUAUCUUCCAGCCAUUAUCCAGCUGCAUCUUUUACCACAUUCAACUGAAAUGAUUUAUGACUAGAAUGAGAGAAGGUUAUAUCCUGAGCAUCUUUACUUCUCUCUAUCGCCAAUGCUAUGAUUAAGGAGAAGGUCUUUCAGAGUUAUUUAAUCUGGACACUUUUUACUGCUGAAGGAUUUCAGGACCCAACAUUUAAAAAGUCUUAUUCUGAGCUUGCUGAUAAACGUUCAAUGAGAAAUCAUGGACAGAUCUCAUAGGCCCAGCCACAGUUCCUCGGAAGGUGAAAAUAGAAGCACUGUGACCACAUUCAUCCUCCUGGGCUUUACAGAGGAACCUGAAUUGAGUCCUUUCCUCUCCAGCAUGCUCCUUCUCCUGUAUGUGCUCACAGUACUAGGCAAUGGGUGGAUGGUCACCUUGAUCAGAAUUGAACAGCGUCUGCACACUCCAAUGUACUUCUUCCUCAGCAACCUCUCUCUCUUGGAUCUUUGCUAUUCCUCGGUCAUUGCACCCAAGGCACUGGAGGCUCAGCUACAACAGGGCAAGGCUUCCAUUUCCCUUCCAUCUUGUGCAGUUCAGAUGUUUUGCUUUACUACUGUGGUGACAACAGAAUGUUUUCUCCUGGCAGCCAUGGCCUAUGAUCGUUUCCUGGCCGUUUGCCACCCUUUGACCUACACCUUACUCAUGACCCACAAGAAUUGCAUUUGCCUUGUGCUGGGGGCUUACAGUUGUGGUUUAGUGGGUUCCAUCAUUCAGACUAGUGGAGCUUUCCGGUUGUCCUAUUGUGGGCCAAGCCAUAUCAACCACUUCUUCUGUGAUAUCCCUGCUGUCUUGAAGCUCUCUUGCUCUGACACUCAGCUUUCUGAAGUAAUCCUUUCUGUUUCCACAACUGUCAUUGCCAUAGUAACCAUCACUACUAUCUCUGUCUCUUAUCUCCGGGUUUUGUGGAAUGUCCUCUGGAGCCACUCUACUCAAGGACGACAAAAGGCCCUCUCCACCUGCUCUUCCCACCUGAUCACUCUGAGCCUCUUCUAUGGCACUGCCAUUUUCGUAUAUGCUCAGCCAAGGAACAAGGAUGGAUCACAAGAUCAAGGCAAGGUGGUCUCUCUGUUUUAUACUCUGGUGAUACCUCUUCUGAAUCCAGUCAUCUACAGUCUGAGGAACAAAGAUGUGAAAGAGGCUAUGAAACAUCUGUUGAGCAGGAAGAUCCUGGCCAUGAGGUAGGUUGGAAGAUGGAAAUGAUUGAACUUCAGACAUAGGUUUGCCUUAUGACAGUCUCAAGCAUAGGCUGGUGGUGUGAGAAGUCUCAUGAACCAGUUAGUGGAUUGCGUCUCCCCUUUAUCUUUGUUUAUUCAGGGUCCCUAUAGUCCAUAUGCAAAUGGCUAAGAAUUAGACUUCUUAUUUCUGAAAGUCUUAAUGACCAUUUUGCUUAAUGGCCUGGUUGCUGGAGCAGAACGCAUGAGCUCUUCAUAACAUUUUGUUACAAGGAGUCUCUAUAUAGCUACUGUAUAAAUGUUUUUGCAUUCUGCUUGAUAUUCCUGGAUUUUGACCAUAAUAAAGUUUAUACAUUCAUCUCUUCAUUCCAUCCACCAUUCAUUUUUAAGUUGCACCCUUAGCAAGUUAGUAUUUAAUCAACAGACCAUACAUAAUUCCGUAGCUAAUUAAUUAAUUUUAUUAAGAGGCAGGAUUUGCAUUUAAAGCUUUUGAAAGAGCACCAAUGACAUUAAGGCUUUUUUUUUUUUUA